AUGGGCCAGGGUGCUUUGAAGGAUAUUGACCCCACAGAAAGAAGGGAAGAUGUGUUUGCUGGUGGCAUCGCGCUAGUAGAAAUACGAGACACGGCUUGCUCGCACAGCAAGUUUGAUGGAAUGGAAGAUAAGAACAACGGAGAUGUGGAGAUGGGCUUAGAUUUCAGACCAGGGAGCAAGGAUAUAACAUGUAUCCUUCCACAGAUCAUCUUUUACGAGGACAGGAACUUCCAGGGUCGGCACUAUGAGUGCAGCAGUGACUGUGCCGACCUGUCCCCUUACUUCAGCCGCUGUAACUCCAUCCGUGUUGAGAGUGACUGGUGGGUGCUGUAUGAGAAACCCAAUUACAUGGGAUACCAGUAUGUUCUGACCAGGGGAGAAUAUCCUGACUAUCAGCACUGGAUGGGAUUCAAUGACCGUGUCAGGUCAUGCCGCUCCUAUCCACAGCAGUACCGAAGAGGCGCCUACAGAUUGAGGAUUUACGAGAGGCCUGACUUUGGAGGACAGAUGAUGGAAUUCACAGAUGACUGUCCAUCUGUCUACGAUCAUUUCCGUUACCAUGACAUCCACUCCUGCCACGUGAUGGACGGUUACUGGGUCUUCUAUGAACAUCCCAGCUACAGAGGGCGGCAGUACUUCAUGAGACCCGGUGAAUACAGGAGAUACACUGACUGGGAAGCAACGUAUUCGACUGUUGGAUCAUUCAGGCGCAUGAGAGAUUUCUAA